AUGUCCGGUAGAUUUGUUAUUUGGGCACCUUCGAUGCAUAGUGAACCUGCUGCCAAGUGUGGAUAUUGUCAUGGCAAUAAGGGAGAAAACAAGGACCAGUUGUUUGCAUUGGAUUCAUGGGCCCAUCGCUACAUGGAUAAAAUGGACGCUAUAGAAAUAGAAAACUGUACAAUGGGCUCUUUUGUGGAACAUAUGGACAUGGACACAUAUGACCGUUUGUGUAAUAUGGGAUUUAGACGGUCCGGUAAGUUCCUUUACAAAGUGGACCCACUAAGAAAUUGUUGUAGAUUAUACACAAUUAGAACCACUCCUCGAGAAGUCGCCAUGACGAAAGAAUUGAAGAAAUGUGUUAGCCGUUUUGCCAAUAGGAUAACCGGCGGUGACUGUUGUUCGGCUGCUCUUCCAAGCAGUGAUUUUGUUGGUAGAAUUGUUGAUGCAGAGUUGAAUUCCAAGGCAUUCCAUACCAGAUUUGAGCCCGCACUCUAUAGCGACGAAAAGUAUCAGUUGUUUGUCAAAUAUCAGGAAAAUGUACAUCAAGACUACAAGAAUUCACCCAAGUCUUUCAAACGAUUCUUAUGUGAUACGCCGUUUGGUCCCGAAGAGGUGUUGGGGACACAAGAAUCGUGGGAGCAGCUGAACAAUUGGCAGAGUAUGAAGCCAGGCGAGAAACUGAAGCAUGUGGGACCUGCCCACGAAUGUUACUACCACGAAGAUAAAUUAAUCGCCAUUGCUGUAUCAGAUAUCUUACCCAGUGGUAUAUCUUCUGUGUACUUUAUCUGGGAUCCAGAUUACAGUAAAUGGUCUCUAGGAAAGCUCAGUGCUUUACGUGACCUUGCCAUUAUUCAAAAGACAAAUCUGCAAUACUACUAUCUGGGGUAUUAUAUCCAGGACUGCCCCAAGAUGAAUUACAAGGCAAACUACGGUGCAGAAAUUUUGGAUGUGUGUCAUGGUAAAUACAUCCCAUUGAAAAGUAUUGAAAAUAUGAUCUCUAGAGGCAAACUCUUCGUCCUAGGUGAAAAGAAGGCAAAAGUUUCCAAAGAGCUUUACCUCGCUGAUACUGAUACUAGAAAAUUGCUUAGCUUUCCCACGGAUAACGCUGUCAAGUACAAGAACAUUGCCGAAGAGAUAUACGGUGCUGAGGGAUGUGCAUUUGAAUCCGCCAACGAAUCUGCAUUGGAAUUGAAAGAACUCUAUGGUAUACCGUAUGAAGAGGAAGAUUUGGAUACCAUCUACCAUCUGAAAGAACAGAAUACCCAUUUUCCAAGUGGUAUUCCCAAUGUGGUACCUGGAUUGCUCCCGUUGUGGGAACUGUUGGACAUUAUGCAAUCAGGUAAGAUUACUGACCUGGAGGGAAAACUACUCUUGUUUGAAAUUGAAACGGAGGGAAUUCGGCUUUUGAUGAACUUUUAUAAUGAGCCACCCACUGUCAAGAAACGUAUCUGUGAUGUGAUACGAUUGUUUGGCUUCGAAACUUGCAUGAAGGCAGUCAUUUUAUAUAGUGAGCAAAUGUAA